CUUUGAUGGCGCUUCGUUCAAAUUAUUGUAAACAUACAACAAUCUCUGGUGAUAAAUUGUGAAUAAUGUGUUUCUGUCAUAUGAAAGGAUUACAAUGGACGAUCCAAGGGAUAAGGCAACAAAUUUGAAUCAUAUAUUUGUGAAGUUAGGUCAUGAAAUUGAAGAGAUUCGAUGUAGAGCUUUAACCAAUCUCCUGUGCAAGCUUGAGCAUCGGCUCAUUGAGGAGGCUGACCUGGUCCAAGAGCACCACCUGUUGAUCCGUUUGUUGGAAUGGUUUAAUUUCAAGUCAUGUCCUCAGAAGAAAGAUGUGCUGCUGCUGAUUCAGAGACUUGCAAAGCACCCCUCUGCCUCAGAACACUUGGUGAAGAUUGGAGCUGUUCAGUUUCUCUCUCAGUUGAGGCAAGACAUUGAGGAUAACUUGCAGGCAUCCAUCGAUGACAUUCUGGAACUCCUACUCAGUCUGCCCGGGGAAGUCACUUCCUCUGUGUCCUAUGAGCAUUGCUUCUAUGAGGCUCAGACAACAGGUCAUAAUGGAGAUGUUAUCCAAGAUGCUUCAUCCAUUCCCAAAGUGUCUCCGAGAUCCUUGACACUGACACCAGACAUGGCCAAUGGCUACUUUCAUCUUGGAUUGCCGUCUCCAACAGGUGCACUGAAGAAUAAAUCAAGAAGAGCGAUCUUACAAGAACAGUGUCCAGGUAGUAAAGGAAUAUGUGGAGUGAUAUUUUCUACAUUCCCAUGGUUACCCCUGACUGCUACAGAUGUCCAUGUCCUUUCAUCAACAAACAACUCUCUGUGUAGUUCUGAUGUCCAAGUAGUAAUCACAUCCUGUGAUUUCAUUAAUGAUGUUGUACUCCAUGACUUCCCAGCUGAGAUUUUUCUUCAGAGACCAAAUAUCAUCCAGAGCCUGCUGUCUCUUCUAGCCGAUCACCGCCAAGAUGACGAAAGCAAGGCUCGUGUUACCCAGCAUGCCGUCUAUUGUCUGACUAACAUCUCUAUACUGCUUAUGGCUCGUUUCCAGUUCUACCAUGAUCCUGCCCUCUAUUGUCCAAAACAAGAGUUCUUAUCGAGGACCAAUUCAACAACAUCAUCUGUGGGAGGAGAGCAGUCCCAUUCCACCAUCCAGUCCACCUUGAGUUCCGAGUCUAGGCCCUCUAUCAUAGGAAGGACCAAUAGGCGUGUGAGUGGUGAUGGCAGAGACUGGGAUUCCCACAGCUCUGUUGGUUCCAGCCCCAUCUUACCUGGUUCCAUCAGCCCUCCAGCGGUAGACCCUGAGACAGACUCUGAUGAUACCAUCGUGCUUCAGUUCUCCCAGAUGACCCUGCCACAGUUCACCCUCGACGCCAUGCUCCAGGCAUUGAACCUUCUCAAGACGAGUUCCCUGGAGCUCACUUCUCCCCUUGUCCAUCUACUCCAUCGAGCAUUCCGCCUUCUCAGCGUUGCCAUGACAGCAGACAUCUGGCAGGACAAGAGCGUUUCUGGAAGACUGUUGACUGACAAGCUGAGUGAGUGCCUGGAGUCUAUGGGAAGUCUUAUCCAUCAUCACCACCAAAUGGCACACUGUGGUCACAUGACCAGUCACAUGACAAGUCAACAACAGAUGCAUCAUGUUCAAACCUACCAAGUCUUGGCUACAUUCACCCUGGCAGUCAUCAAUAAGUUUGCUCCUCUCUCAAAGGCACAGGACCUGAUACCCGAGGAGCUUUCCACAGCCCUUGGCAUGCUGCUUAUUGAUGCAGGAUUCAACCUGGUCUACCCUGAAUGCAUCAAGAACCUCCAGUGUUACGUUGCGUCGGUUAGCCCAGAGCAGGACUCUGUCAACAGCGAUAUGGAUCAGAUCAUCUCAUCCAUGCAGAGUGCUUGUGCCCUCAUGAAAGGAAGGAACUCCUUGGAAUUGCAUGACCAGGUUGAAUUGGCUCAGAGUGCGUGUCUUGCAUGGUCCUACUAUGGGAUGGCCGAUAUCAUCCAGACUUUAGUCCAAUGCUCCUCUGAUAUAUGCAGACGUAAAGAUGAUACAGUUGAUGUUGAUGAUAAGAGAGCUUGUCGUUUAGCAUUACUCCACUACCUAGCACAUCCAGACGGUAGCUGCAGAUCACACACAUACAGAGCAUGUCUUCAGAUUAUCAAGGACUCACUGAAGGUUGCCGAAGCCGUCCACCCGAGGUCAGAGGUCAGCCAACGUGUGACCUUUCUACUUGACCCCUCCAUCCUUCAUGAAAUAGCAUGCUAUGGACUGGAUGAUUCUAAUCAAGAGGUACAGGAAAUGAGUGAAAGUAUCCUGCUCACUUUGCUUCAGGGUCGUCUACUCAUGAGCCAGGCAUUGUGGGAUACCCUGUUACAAGCGUUUAUUCCCAUCAUGCCCCUAUUGCAGGCCCACGCCAGCAGCCAUCCAGCGGUAAGUGAGUGUGCGAAUGACCUGAUCAACAAGUGUCGAGACCCUGCUGUCUUUGGGUCCUAUGCUAGACUACCAGCCCUGGAACAGAUCAGAGGUGGACUGAGGAUGUUGUUUAGUAAAGAUUUCAGGGUGCGUGCUGAUGCAUCCUCGGCCCUCCUAUGGCACCUAGUCAACGAACCAGAGGCCGAGAUGAAGCGCCCGAUCCUCAGCCCCCCACCCUCGGGGAUUGAGGAACUGUUUGUGUUUCAUACCAAGGCUAGUCUGGAUAAUCACAAUGGAAUGUCAGUGUUUCAGGAGGAUGGCCUGUUACAAGUCUUGAACAUCUUUACCUCUGAGAACACAGAGAGGGAUUUGAAGAAAUCAGCUCUUCAACAAAUGGCCAUCAUAUUACAAGAUAGCAGAUUGCAUCACACCUUUGUAUCCCAUGGGGGUCUAGAAAAGAUUAUGGAGACCCUAGCCACCAUCAUCAUUCCUACGGCUCAGUCCCUCUUGACAUGCGACCUGGUACCCCCUCUCGUCUCCAUCUUACGUCAUUUAGUACAUGCUAACACAGCAAGGAGGAGGAAGAUAUCGCACCAGUCUGGAUUGUACUUGAUGCUACUCAGAGCCUCCCUUAUCUGCAGAGGUUCUGAAGAAGCAAGACAGGAGAUUGCCCAUCUCAUCACUCUCCUCAUCUUCGAUGAAACAAUCACCAUGGCAACAGAUGGCCAGGAUAAUUCCAGGAAAGCCUGCUUUCCUCUAGUCAUCACACAACAUUUUCAGCUUCCAUUUCGAUGUGGUAUAACCUCUUCAGCUCGCCCUCAUCGACUGACUCCUAGACCCAGUCCAGACCCCAUGAGACUGUCUGAGAACUGGUCCAGGCUCAAACUGGAAUGGAUGAAGGCCUGGACUAUUGGGCAGGAUGGUCUGAUUCAAGCUUUACUUCAUGAUGACAAAAGAAUGGUUGAAUACAGCUCCAAUCUGUUACUUGAACCGGAGGAGAGAGCUCUGUUAGCUACAUCAUACCCUCCAACCUGUCUCCGUCAGUCCCUCCAGACAAUCCUAGCUGCCACCUCCCAUUUUACAGUGAAGCAGGCCAUUUGUCAGCUGUCCCUGAUGAAGCAUUGGGCAAGUCUACAACAAAAAAGGGGUGUAAAUGAAGGUGGAGAGAUGUCAAGUUUAACUCGGGCAUUGCUUGGCUUUGAUUGGAAGGCAGCUUUGAACAGAUUCCUUGAAGUAGUUCCUGCCAACUCUGAAGACGAGCAGCUCCUGGCUCACCUCCUCUCCUUACUCUCCCAGCUCCUGAGAUCACCCGACCUUGUGACCCCUGACCUCAUCGAGUGGGUCGGGUCAACCUGCAGUGGGGGCAAGCUCUCGCUGGUGGAGCUGCUCGGGAAGUACCCCCCUGCCGGUCAGAUGGGGGAGGGGCAAACCGAUGGUGGGAAGGGGAAGGAAGGGUCACAAGCUCUGGUGAGGAAAGAAAUUCUGAGGUUAUUGACUGGCUUUGUGCAGAAUCUCCCGCUGUCACAGGAUGCAUGGAGACGGCGAGGGAUGUUCCUCGGUGGUUCCUUGGUCCAUGGUCUUCUAGGAAGCUUAGAUCUUGCUGAUGCUCUUCAUUUCUAUGAUCUGCCAUCCCUUGAAAGCACGCUUCAUUGUCUUGUACACGUGACUGCCAGACCUGGUUGGAGUUUAGACUGGGCAGAUGGUGAUAGCCUCACAUUGUGUCAGCAAAUGCUCAAAUCGCUCCAAGAGGUUGUAUCAGCAUUUCAUGUUGGCAGAGGUGGUACAGCAAUGUCUUACAUGGGCAAGGGAGUGACUAAGAGUGCUACAUUGUGUCUACUACACCUAACCAGAGAGAUGGCAGCAAGGGCAGUAGACAAGAGUUGGCCUAUGGAUUGGCUGUACACCAGCAAGGGUUCAUCAGAACCUGGGUUUUCAUGGCUUACACCUUUGCUCUCAUACAGAGACCCUGAGGUGCGUGCUGCUGGUCUUGGAAUCGCUGCAUCCUUAGCCUCCAGCGAGCAGGGUUGUGUUGCCAUAGCAACCUGCUUCCAGCAGCGAACAGGUGGCGUUUGGGGCCUGGCUCUCUCUGUUCUCCUUGAUCAUUCAGAAUGCAGUGUAGUUAGGCAACAGGCAGCAUCUUUUCUUGCUAACCUCCUGCUGCAGCCAUUUAAAUCAGAUGACCCACCCAAAGGUCAGAAGUCCAGACACUCUGACAACCAACAAAAGAUCGGUAUUGCUGGACUCUCUGCAGUCAGUGCUCUACUCCAGUACCAUCGCUUCUUUCCUGAGGUAGCAACCAUGUUCACCCACUACUACCCGGAUGCUACCAUCCAACCCAUCAGCAUAGUGGAAGAUUCCACUCUGCCAUCGUCAAGCACACAGAGUGGACCACCUACACUCACCACACCAGAUUCAUCAGAGAAUGAAGGCAGUGUAAGACCAAGUCAAUCAGGAGGUCAGAGGUCACAGGAUGAUAGAGCGAGGACACAUCUAGAAAUGAGAUCACCAGAAGGUCAUUCCAUAUCGUCCCAAGACACUGUCUCCUCUUCCUCCUCUGGGAUCACGGUAGGUCGCUUUGAGAGCGUGGUCACCCCUGGUCUAGUGACCUCUACAACGUGUCUCCUCGCCAACCUCCUAGCCGUCAUACCAAGUGAUGCGGUGCAUGCGGUUACCAAGGAAAACAUCCUCCAGACUUUACAAGGACUCAUCAAUGUCAACCGCAUUCAGUCACUCCUCCAAGAAGCCACACCCUCUUCUUCGUCUGCAGACCACACCCCCUUGCCAACGGACCCUCGCCACUCCCCCAAAUCCCACUACGCCAGCCAGGUACAGCUGUGCAGACAGACCUCUAUGUGUGCAGCUGUCCUCAGGCUGUAUCUGGCUUGCUUGCAACAGGACACACCCACCUUGCUUGAUGCAUUGCAUGAUGGGAAGCUCAUUGCCAAGUGUUGUCGGCUUCUUGCCAUUCAGCUGCCAGAACAAGGAGAUACUAAGCUGUUAGGUGAAAUCCAUGAACUUUGGAGGAUAUCAUUUGAGUUCCUGACAACCCUUGCUCACCUUUCAGGGUUAGAACAUCUUAAUAGUCUCCUUGGAAAGAGCUGGAAUUAUAUCACUGAUUGCAUCAUCUCCGUAGUAAGCAAGCCCAGUCCUGCAUCCACCCGCAUCACCGCUCUCAACUUCCUCUCCACCAUCCUUACCAAGGCGGAGCAGGAGGAGGAGACAAGGAGAUCAUCUACCAGGAGCCUUGAGGAGGGGUACGAGGAGGCAGCAGCAGAAGGUCGAGAUGAGAAAUCUCUCCUGGCAGGGCUGCUCGAUGAGAGAAAAGAUCAGGAAGGUACCUCUACUGGUAAUGAGUUAGGUGAGACCUUGUUGAAGGCCUACGAUGGUUCCCUUCCUAGGUCUACUGGACCAGGUCUAGCCCAGGAGAAACCAGCCGUCUUCUCGGCUCUCAAGGUCCUCCUCUCCAUCUCAGAUACAGCCAAGAACCAAGCACUAGCUGCUGGGCUAGUUGAGACCACUGUUGACACUCUGAAACAAAUUCACGCCAAACUCACCUUAGAGAGUCUUCACAUGGAUAAGACUGGUGCUAAGAAGAAGGAGGAUCCAUUGUUCAUCGAGCUCCAUUCUUCCUUUGAUCUUCUAAACAGUAUUAUGGUGAACAGCCAUGAUGUCAAGAUGGCAGCUCACCAAGCAGGUUUGGGUGUAACCAUUCAUAAACUAUGGGCUUGGCUUGGUUUGGAUGUCAAGCUCAUGAUGACUACACUCUUACUACUCACCACCUACACUGCCCGAUGCCCUGUUGUGUGUGCAGCAGUUGCUUCUUGUGGACCUGGGCAGACUGGUAACUCGAUCCUUCAUUACCUGAUAAGACUGGUUGAGAGGGAGAGAUUAAAGGUUGAGAAAGGAUCAGAAUCUGAUAUGCUAGCUCAGGUCUUCUCUAUCCUUGGCAAUCUGGUUUGGUAUGGGGAAUGCAGGAACGUUUUAUGGAAGAGUGGAUUUCUGGGGUCAUUCAUCAAGGUCAAACUUCCGAGAAGCUCCAAGCAGACCAAGAAUGCCGCCAGCUUGCACACGUUUGCUGCCCUCUGGCUACAGCUCCUGACCAACCUGACUUUUGCAACAGAAGGGCAACAGAUGAUCAUGAGAAUUCCUGAUGCCCUUGAUCUGUUGAUUGACUUUGCCCAGUGUCCAGUCUCUGCUCUCCAGGACUCCGCCUUGCUGGUUUUACAUAAUCUCUGCUACCUGGCUGCUAAUAAAACAAGAUUGGUGGCUAAUGAUAAAUUAGUGAGGCUCUUUUUGACCACUUUGACUGAUGGAUGUCUCAAAACCCAGUUCACAGUGACCAGUGCUUUGUAUGCUCUCAUCUAUGACAGCCAGAAAGCCAAAGCACUAUUGAAGACAUCUCGUCUGAGCCUGAGUCUCCAAGAACUUGAAAUGGUCUUACAGAAAGAAAUGCAGCGCCCUCAACCCCCAGCCACACUGAUAGAGGCAACCAGAAGAAACAUUGCUACCCACUGCCAGUUUGUAAAUCAGCAAUCACUGCUCUUCUGCAAGAAUGAACCCUUGCUCUUGAAAUGUUCUUACAGGAAGAAAUGCAGUGUCCCCAGCCACAGUGAUAGAGGCAGCCAAUAGAGACAUGUCUACUUGGUGCCAGUUUGUCAUAUCAGCAAUUAUUGCUCUCCUGCUGGAAUGAACCCUUGCUCUUGAAAUGGUCUUACAGAAAGAAAAUGCAGUGCCCCCAAGUCUGUUGCAAAUGUGGAAGAUCAAACUACUUCCUCAAUUGUAAACCAAUUCUCAUGAAAUAUAGCACACACGUUGGUCUUGUGCAAGACAUUUUUGCAUUUUUAAUCUGUUAUGGUAACAGAAGAUUAUUGCCAGAAAUUAGGUAAAAAAUUAUGCAGGUCAAACUUCUUCAUCCCGUGUUUGACUGGUGCUCAUGAGAUUUGGCACACAUAUAACAUCUUGAGAUAUAGGUAUGCAAGACACUCUGUAUUGCCAUGGUGCUAGUGUAUUAUGGCCAAAAUCCCAAGAAAACUCAUUGUGGAUCAAAUUACAUCAUCAAUUUUUGACCAGUGCUCAUGAAAUUUGGUUUAAAAAAAAACGGUGUCUUGGGUUAAAGAUGUGUAUUACCCAUUUCCAAGUGUUGGAAACUGCACUACCAUUACGGCCCAUUGUAAUAGCAUGGUUUUAAUCACCUUAAGUGAUUUUUUUAGUUAAAUAUGCUUAAUAUGAAAUGUUUGUGGGUGUAAAUUUCAUCUCAUUAUGUAAGCAAAUUCCAGCUAACAAAUGUUGAUUGAUGUUGGAAAUGAAUUUUCAUGGAGAGUAUGUAUACUCUUACUGCACAUGUGUAUGUUGUGAAUAUUCUAAUGACAGUGGUGAAUUUGUUAUAUUCUAAAUACAAUUUACUGUAAAUAUGUAAACAUUUGUAAGCAAAUAGUAAAAACAUGUAUAAUAAUAAAAUAUUUUACAUUUGU